UCCGAGUCAUAUUUCAUCAAACCCCUCUAAAUAUAGCACCGUAUUAUCUAAACAGCUGCCAUACCCUCACCGGUUUGCGAAGGCAGUCCAAGCUAAUCCCUCCAUCUCUGUCUGCGUUGUAUCUAUCUGGUCCGACGAUGGAAGAAGCUUCUCUUAAUAGUGAGCCAUUAUCUGAAGAUGAGGGCAGUGAGUCUGUGAUGGAAAGAAAUUGCGCAACAAUUGAAUGUGGUGAUGAAAAAGGUUCCACCCUAAGGAAUAAGGAACUUGUGCCACCUUUUGUGGGAAUGGAGUUUGAUUGUUAUGAUGAUGUUUACAACUAUUACAAUUGCUACGCUAAAGAACUGGGAUUUGGCAUCAGAGUAAAGAGUUCAUGGUGUAGAGAAAAGAGUAAAGAGAAGUAUGCAGCAGUAAUUUGUUGUAGUAGAGAAGGCUUUAAAAAGAAACGAGAAACAAACCAUUUAAGGCCAGAAACAAGAACUGGUUGCCCAGCAAUGAUGAGGGUUAAAUUAAUGGACUUUAAAAAGUGGAAAGUGACGGAAAUUAGUCUCGAGCACAACCAUUUAAUUACUCCAGCUAGUGUGCAAUUCUAUAAAUCUCAUAAAAGCACAGGUGUUGGAACCAAAUGGAAAUCGCUUUUAGAUAGCGAGGCUGAAUUACAAGCAAAUAAGUUGCAAAAAUUUGGCCUAGAUGUAUGGAAUCAUGAAAACUUAAGUUUUGAUGAAAGAGAUGCUUUGUGGGUUUUGGAUCAGGAUGUGCAACUGAAGAUCAGGGAAGGUGAUGCAAAAGACAUUUUGAAUUUCUUUUGUCGUAUGCAGUUGAUGAAGCCAAACUUCUUUUACUUGAUGGAUCUCAACAAUGGAGGAAACUUGAGGAACAUUUUCUGGGCUGAUCCCAUGUCUCAAGCUGCAUAUCAUUACUUUGGUGAUGUUGUUGCAGUUGACACCACCUAUUUGGCGAACAAAUAUGAGGUCCCAUUAGUAGCAUUUGUUGGGGUGAAUCAUCAUGGACAGUAUGUUUUAUUGGGUUGUGGUCUGCUUGCAGGUGAGACAUUCGAGUCAUAUUUUUGGUUGUUCAAGGCAUGGGUUACCUGCAUGCUAGGGCGUGCACCAUCUGUUAUAGUCACAGACCAUUGUAGGGCAAUGCAAAGAGCAAUUGAUGCAGUAUUCCCGGGAACCCAUAAUCAUAUUUCUUUGUGGCACAUUAUGCAAAAAGUUCCAGAUAAACUGAAAGAAUUAUACGAACAUGAAUCAAUUAAAAGUUCAUUUGACAGUGUGGUCUAUGAUUCUCUGAGAGUGAAUGAAUUUGAAACAGCUUGGGGUGAUAUGAUCCAGAGAUAUGGAAUUGGGAAUAAUGAAUGGAUUCAGAUGUUGUAUAAAGACCGUGAAAGAUGGGUUCCAGCCUAUUCAAAGGAUGUGUUUCUUGCUGGUAUGUCCACUACCCAACGAAAUGAGAGCAUGCAUGCAUUUUUUUAUGGAUUUGUGAAUAGACAGACUUCCUUGAAGGAGUUCCUUGACAAAUAUGAAUUAACUCUACAGAAGAGGCUCCAGAAAGAAGCCAAAGCAGAUUUUGAGUCAAUGCAUUUCAUUCCUGUCUUGAAGACAAAAUGUUGUUUUGAAUCACAGCUCUCUAAAGUGUAUACAAACGAUAUCUUUAAGAAGUUCCAGUUUGAGGUAGAGGAGAUGUUCUCAUGCUUUAAUACAACACAAGUCCAUGUUGAUGGGCCCGUUAAUGUGUUCAUUGUUAAAGAACGUGUUGAGGGCGAAGGUGGUAGGAGGGAGAUCAGGGACUAUGAAGUUCUAUACAGUGCAGCUAAAGUGGAAGUCCAUUGUAUUUGCAAUUUAUUCGACUUCAAAGGUUAUCUUUGUAGACAUGCGCUGACCGUCCUUAACUAUAAUGGUGUAGUCGAGAUACCUUCGCAGUAUAUUCUUCCGCGAUGGCGAAAGGAUUUUAAGCACAUACAUGUUCCAGAUUAUGAAUCGAACAAUUUUGAUGUCAAAUUGCAAUGGUGUGAGCAUUUGUACAAACGCGCCAUUCAAGUUCUGGAUGAAGGAAUCCGAUCUCGGGAACAUUACAAAGUUGCUUUGCAAUCUUUGGAGGAGGUGUUGGAUAAGGUUCGUUUUGUAUAGGCUAUUGAGUCCAGGAUGUCCGGUAUAACAACACCAGGCUACUCUUAUUAAAUUUGUGAAAUCAUUUGCAAGCAUUGCAAGUUGUUCAUUUGGAAGCAAAAGAAAGUGAGACAAAUGACAACCUCAUGAAACAAGAACAAGGUUUAAAGAGCAGAUCGUUUUUAACCAUUGAUGUGGACCACUUUGCCGCAACGUCACCAAAUCUCUGCAACCUCAUCUGCAGACAAGAGGCAUCUCAUUACUGGGUGUAUGGUUGUCCAUCUUUAUUUAUACUGGAAUGUGACCUGCAUCAGAGGAACAUGGACCUGCCUGAGCUAUCCUGCACUGUCAGCUGGAACCUGAAACUGUCCAGGUGGGUUCACUGUGAUGUAACAAUACAUAUUUUUGCAAUUUUGCUAUACUAAUCUCAUGUUUGUCAUAAAUAUAAUUUAAUGCUUGGAGGUUGUUGUAUCUACACAGAGAAGCUGCUUCGUUGUUAUCAAUACGCAUGGCAUUUCAAUUUCAAGUUUAGAAGAUUUAUUAAUUUGGUGAUGAUUAGAGUUAUGUUCCCUUUCCAUCUAUCUCUUGCCUGCAUUGCUAAAAAUUUAGUUAUGUUUUUUUUUUUUUAACAACAUUGUUGGUAUUUUUCUUUAUAUUAGACUAUGCCCAAAGUCAUGGAUUGGUUGAUUAACUGUAUUUGAAUUGAGCCUGGAUAUUUACCAAAUUCUUCUGACAAGAUGGAGGAUGACCUACAAUACAUUUGGAUAUGCUAUUGAUGUACUAAAUCUAAAAGGUAUAGGAAAUCAAACUCCUGUGGAGCUAGGAAUCACCUUAAUUGUAGAAGCUCCCAUUGCUCAACUAUAAUUUUCUUUGUACUUGUAAACUGCAGAAAAGCAUGUUACCAAUACCCUAGGUGGAUUGGGUAUUAAAUUUGAUACGGGUAACUUUCCUUGCAUGGAGAAAUUUGGGUUGGUGCAUUCUGUCAGAAUUAGAACCUCAUAUUAUGAUAAAACUGGAUGAUGUAGAUCGAUGGGUGGGUGAGAGGAUUCAGCAAGAACUUGUCCAGGUUUACACCACCCCCCCAAAAAAAAAAAAAAAAAGAACCAGUAUUUUGGAAGAGCUUUUCUUUGUAUUUAGUUGGCCCCAUGGCCAGCUUGCAUGGAGAAGAUUAUGAGGAAUAGUUGGUGGGACCAAUGUGCAUUGCAUAGAGCAGGAAAUCCAGAAUCUGUGGACCCCUUGACAGCUUGCUGCCAAGAAGAUGGACUUGCACGGAGGACUGGCUACUAUAGAUUAGUUUCUAUUUUUAUUUUAAUUAGUCUUUGUUUCCGUUUUAGGAUUUAUUCAGUUAUAUAUGUUAUAAUCAAUUUUAGAAAGCAAUCAAGGAUUAGUUUCAAAUCUUAUUUGGAUUUUAUUUUGUAAGGGAUUUCCUCCCCACGCAAGAAGUUGUUCUUUUGAUUUUAUUAAUGAGAGAAGGGUCUUCAUACACCCCACGAUUUGAGUUUGAGAGAAGAAAACAUAGCUUGGGCUUUGUGUGCUGUGAGAGACGGUUGUUCUCUGAGAGAGUAUGGUGAGAUGCAAUUGGUGAGAGAGCAAACAACCAGUGAGAGCCCCAAGUCUGGGAGAGACUACCCCAUAUCCUUCCCUAUCCCCUUCUCUUUACUUUCUGUUUUAUUCUUAGUUUCUUUUUAUUUAUUUAUUUAUUUUUAUUAUUUUAUUAAUUAAAAAAAAAAUUAUUGCUACUGCAACUAGCCAUUACAGGGGAUUUCAUGGGCAUCAUAUUCUACCCUAUUACUACUGCUGAUGCAUGAGAAGGUGGUUCACUUGAUCUAUUGAUAUUGGAUGUGACUAAAGGUUUAUCAGUUUCCUGUGAUGCCAUCAAAUCUGGAUUUCUGGACAGCAAGUUUCAGGGAGAUUCUAUCAGCCACUGAAAUAUUGAUCCUACUGUGGUGGUGGUUCUUAGUUGACUUACUACAUUACUGGAUCUUGAAAGCACUUCCUAUUUUUUGCAGCCCCUUUUGUGAAUUUUUAUUUUUGUCUGAAACUUGAGCAUCUGUUAUAGCUUUUGGAGCUCAAAAUGGAUUGUAAGAAGUAAGUAUCCAAAAAUAAUUGAUGAUGCGCUACUUUCUUGGAAUUGAUAACUUGGUUUUCUUUGUAA